CAGACAAUUCUUCACUUCACUUCCUCGAACAAGAUACCAUGACACGCACGGAAGAUAACAAUUAUCCAUUCAAAUACGGAAAACAAAACGAACAUUGCGCGCGAGCGACUUAUUUAGUGGAGACUCAUGUAGCUACUCAUUAUUCGGUGUUGUUUGCCUGGGUUAAUUGUUAUUCUUUUAACAUCUUUCAAUUCCAGAACUUCAGAAAGGCUAUAGUUUUCUAUUGGUGUUUUGCAGCAGAUAUGGGGCAUUUGAAUGAUGACGUACACCACUCCGCAAAUCUGUACAUUAUUUCAAUUCGCACCAAUCAAGGAGAUGCCAGACGGAAAUGCCUUCACCUGCGAGGAACAGACGACUAGUCAGACGGCAUUCAAUUUACGUGCCAAAAAUAUGAGCAGCUAGCUCAAUAUGUUCGCCAGCAUUAGGGGGUACAUCAGUUUUGAUUCAGCUCACUAAGUGAGAUAUACCAUCGAGAGAUGAGAAACUUGGAAAUAUUAAUGUCAUUAGAUGUGUUAAAUUGGAAUCAUAAAGGCAUCUACAUUCCGACGAAGACUGAAAGGAUUGGUAAAAUAACUUAUUCUAGUUUGUUUAUAAAAUGGUGAUUCCAUUUUCUGUGAAUAGUUUAAUACUACAGCAGCCCGUUGGACACGUCAAAGACAAAUCGAAGUGAUAUUGGAGAAAAAAAUUUGUCAAGACGUUGGAUUCGAUUAAUAUCAUCUGUGGAAAGGAUUGUGCUUUAUCCACACAAAUUAUAGCAUUAAAUUGUACUCUAACAAAAUACAUCAGUCAUAGUAUAUCUUGAAUAAUGCAAACGUCAACAUUCUGGAUUGCACUAUAUUUCAGAUCCUAGCGUCACGAGUUUCUUCAAUUGUUUCAUUUCCUCUUCUGUAUUUCCUGAUCUUUUGGAUUAGAAAUGUCAAUGACAUUCGAUGGGGAAAGUGAGUGAAAGGGUAUGGAUGGUAGAACACACAAGGUCAUUGGCAUACUCGGUUUAACAAGGCUCCAUUCGGUGAAUCACGCUCUUCUGUGUUCGAGCGAAACACGAUGAUGACGGUUGAUGAUCAAACUACAGGCCGAUCGAUCACGAAAAUCAGAUCAUCCGAUGAAGCGAGGAAGGUAAUUAAUGAGUUAUUGACGAGGAGAAAAUCGAAUACUAAGAUCGUGAAAGAGGUCAUCUUGAAUCAUGAUGAAGGGUCACGUGAUAAACGAAGGAAUAACCCAUCUCGGGAGGCUGACAAAAUCCCAAAGCGAUCGAACUCAUUUUCGUUGCCGAAAACUGAGGAUGCUGCUGCCGUUGGUGGCAACGCAUCACCAAGGAAUCCGCGUGCGGUAGGAGCUGGAGGACGUAAGGUUUCGGGACGGCGGCUAAUCUCAACCGCGUCAACCCCGCGAAGAUCAAAGAGUGAAACGAAUUUAAAUCAACCGCUCCCAGAGCUUGAUGCCCAUCAAAGACACGCGUCAAUGACACAGCUUGUGUCAUUACAACCACAACCUACCACACCACGUCACCCAUCGUCAAAUCUCGACAAGAAUAACACAGAUGCCGGCGCGAAGCAUGCUGCCAAUGCCAAGUCGCCAGGGUAUUACAGUAGAAAAAUGCAGGACCAACCGGAACAGCACCUUGCCUCGAUGCACAACCGACCCAACAAGGAGAAAUCGUCUCCUGCCCAGCGGUUCAUUGAUGCAAAACUGAAGUCGCGGUCAGAGAACUGUCUCUUACAGUCGGGGAAACGCCGGAAACAACCCGGCGGCGCUAAUGCCAAACACGGUGGAAACUCGCUCACUCCUCGCAGUCCCGCAGUCGGUCGGCGUUAUGAGACGCGUGAAAAAUCUCGACCGGUAACGGAUGCGGUUGACGCAAGUUUUGAACCGCCGCGAACCAAAGUGGUACGAGAGCGGUCAUUCGACAUGACAUUUCCCGGUUACGACGCACGAUAUGAGCAGCAGAUAGAGGUUCCUCAACUCGAUGACGUUGAUAAGGAGAUAGAAGAUGAAUGUAAAAAGAAAUCAGUUGACAAGUGCAGAAGAUGGAUGAACAGAUAUAUGAAUUAUGAAUAGAUUUUUUCUGUGAAAAAGCAGGCAUGCAGGUAUAUAAGUUAAAUGAAAAAAAAUAGCAGAUAGAGAAAACCUUUAUAUACAUGAUUUUUAUAUUUAGAUCUGGAAUGAAAUGUUCCUUAAUAACACAUCCGUCCAGAGUAUUAAAACAAUAAUAAGAUAAAAAAAAGAUGCGCUACACAUUACUGUACAAAAAUAUCAUCCCAAGAUUUAUGUCUAUCAUGUAUACUCGUAAAAUGCGAGGAUAAUUUUAGCGAUAAAUCAAGAUGUACAGUUUUAUUUUAAGGAUAUGAAACAUUAGUUUUUAUCAUUCUUAUUUUAUUCCAAGUUCUGAAAUAAUUAACGAUGGAAACAAAUCGAUCGUGUUAUACUGAAAUUCAUGAAUAUGACGUAAAAGUUGACAGAGCUUCGGUCUUUGACAUAGAUCAUAUGAAGUAUUUAAUACACUAUAUCCGGAAUAUGUUUGAUUUGCUCUUGUUAUGAGAGUGAUGGGUUUUAUUAAGAGAAAAUCGAAUCCUAAAGAUGUAAAAAAUACAUUAUAAAAGCAGACAGUUUUUUUUUAAAUAUUAGUAAAACUAAUGGAACCCCACGUUUUGAUUGUGAAACAUAACUGCUAUGAUGAGUUAUGAUGAUUUAUGUGAUUUGUUUUCUUCUGCGGUAAAUAGUGAAUUUUAAUCGGCGGCAUACCUCGUGAAAUUAAGCCAAAGAAACAUAGACAGAAUAUCAUUGAAAGGACAUCAGGGAGUAUCGCGACAUACGGAGGAUUCAAGACAAAAGAAAAUAUAUUGUCAUAUAACCUUCAUAACAAAAAAAAAGUCAUUGUCGAAAAUU